UGCAAUUUUUCGCGUGUUCUUUUUUCCAUCAGUUGUGUCAGAGAGAGAUUGAGAAGAAAACUAUAGGUGUUCUUGAUGAAGAAAUUGUAGAAACUAUGUGUAUGUUUGAAAGGUUUUUUUCCUCCCUCUUUCUUUGACAUUAUGGUUCACCUACCGAUUCACCUUGCACAAGAAGCUCUAAUUGGUGGCCCUAUACAUUAUCGUUGGAUGUACCCCUUCGAAAGGUUUAUGAAGGACCUAAAAGGAUAUGUCAAAAAUCGAUCAAACCCUGAAGGAUGCAUUGCAGAAAAGUAUUUGGCUGAAGAGAUGGCAUGUUUUUGUAGUGGAUACAUUAAAGGAGCAGCUAAAAUAGGUGUUCAAACUAGACGCAAUGAGGAUUUUGAGCAUGAAACAAUACUAGAAGGGCGACCACGUGGUGAGGGGAAGCUAAAAGUGUUCAGUUCUUCCAUGCUAGAGAUUGCUCAUCGAUUUGUGUGGACAAAUAGUUCAGAAGUUGAUCCAUGGAAAGAACUACACAGGGAAGAACUAAAGUGUUCUGAUACACGUCUUGAACAAGAUGAAAACCUUCUUGAACAGAGACAUCUUAGUACUUUUAGUGGAUGGUUAGCUGAUAAGGUUAAAUUUGGUGAUUCUAGAGAUAUGUCAGAAAGGGUGAAAUGGAUUGCUUGUCGGCCAAAAGCAGAUGUGGUAUCACAUACAGGCUUCAUUAUCAAUGGAAAUUUAUUUCAGACUGAGGACAGUGAGAAGAGUACACAAAAUCGUGGUGUUUUUGUUGAAGCAGACACUGUGUGUCGAGCAAGUGCAAAGGAUAAUUUACAAAAGAUGGAUAGAGUCUCCUACUAUGGUGUUAUAAGAGAUAUAGUUUUGCUAGACUAUCGUCAAUUUCAGGUCCCCUUAUUUGAUUGUUAUUGGGCUAACAUAGGGACCGGUAUCAAAUUGGAAGAUGGUUUUACAUUAGUGAACUUCCACAAGGGGCAGCAUCAGUUUGAUAGAGAUCCAUUUAUUUUUGCUUCCCAAGCGAAACAGGUUUUUUAUUCAAGAGAGAGUGACACAUCGAAUUGGCAUGUUGUACUCAGAGCACCACCAAGAGCUUUUUUGAGAAUGAUAGUGUUGAUGAAAGUGCUUACAUGCCAGUAGAUGUAUCACAGCUAGACCUUGACGUUGAGGAUGAAGAAUGUGAUAGAUAUAAUAAUGAGGAAAUCAAUUCGAGUGACGGUGACUGAAUAACUCAAAUUUCACUGAAGCAUUGAUAUAAUCUAUCAGCACAGCAAUCUAAGGAACAUAUUCUGCUGACCCUAUAAAGUAUGGAUGGAGGAGAGACUUCAAAACAAGGUGGAAAGAGAGCCAAAAAGCAGGAAAAAGCUGCAAGAGCAGCUGCUGUUGUUGCAGCCAGGGAAGAAAGGAAUGAAUCUUUGAGAAUCUCUAAUGGAAGUUCAAAUUCAACCCCUGCAGAAGAUGAUAUUCUAGAAGGCCAAGCUACAUCAAACCCAGAAAAGAAAAAAAUUCCACCUCGGGGUAAAGCCAAAUUAUUGGAUAUUGGCAAAAAAAAAAAAAACGUCCUAUUCUAGUUGAAUUCAAUGAAAGAGGCCAGCCUAUUGGACAAAAUGCAGCUCUCUUCUCCUCUUUCAUUGGAGCCUCAGCAAGAGAGCUAAUACCAAUGACUGCUGCAACUUGGAAAGAUCUAUCUGCUACUUUCAAAGAUCAGAUUUGGAUACACAUCACAACAAGUUUCAUUGUUGAUGAAUUCUACAAGAAGCAUAUUUUUUGAAAAAUGAUGAAGCUUUGGCGAGAUCAUUGAUCGUUAGUGAUAAAACAAGUGGAAGAGCAAGCCAAAGUUGUUGGUUUACAACGUGCUACUGCCCUUCUCAAGCCUAACAACAUAGAAUCCAUGGAUGAGUGGUUAGCUUUUAUUAAAAACAGAACUAGUGCAGGAUUUAAGGAGAAGUGUGAAAAAUUUAAGAGAAUGCGGGCAAGAAGAACUUUACCACAUAGAACAAGUAGAAAAAGUUUCGCGCGGCUUGAAGCAGAAUUGAGGGAACAAAGUGAAAAUCCCGAUGCGAUAUCAAGGUCUGAUAUAUGGAUACAUGCUUAUGAAGCAAAGAAGAAGAAGGGUUCAGAGGAAGUAGUUGAGGAUCCAGAAAUAGUG